UCUCCGGGGCCGAAAUCUCUCGAAGUUUCCUCCUAAGUAUAUUCGUUCCACUCACGACCGACGACUGACACCCUCAACUCAACCAAGAUAUUUUUCUCUCUCUCUCUUAAAAACUCCCAUCUGUCUCCUAUAAUCCUAUUCUUUGUUGCCUUCCUCUCUCUAUGGUUUGAAGUUUGAACGGGUGGUCUUGUUCUUCUUGUGCGCCAGAGAUAUUUUGCUUUGGCGGAUUCGGGUUUUGUUUGAUGGAUCGGGAAGGAGGGUCUAAAAGCGGAUCUUGGUGCUACUAUUCCGUCCUCGGGAUUUGCAAGGACGCCUCCUCCUCCGAUGUGCGCACUGCCUAUCGCAAGCUCGCUAUGAAAUGGCAUCCGGACAGGUGGGCUCGGAACCCCGGGGUGGCGGGGGAGGCGAAGCUGCGGUUUCAGCAAAUCCAGGAGGCUUACUCGGUUCUCUCCGAUCAGUCGAAGCGGUUGAUGUACGACGCCGGGCUCUACGAUCCUCUGGAGGAAGAAGACGAAGAGUUCUGUGAUUUCAUGCAAGAGAUGCUCUCUCUGAUGAACAAUGUGAAAGACGAGGGGGAUAGUUUUGAGGACCUACAAAGGAUGUUCGCGGAGAUGGUCGGAGGAUCAGGGAUGAUGGCGGGCAUAGACGUGAACGAGGAUCAAACGGCCCCGAAGAAGGCACGUGUCCCGGCUUCGAGAGCUAGCGCGGCAAAGCGCGGGACCUCUCGCCGUUAGUCCGCUGUAACAGAUCAUGGGGAUUCGAAUGGGGAUCCUAACCUCCCUUCUUACCCUUUGUAACAGAUUUAAUUUAGAGGUUGGGGAAAUCAAUUACCCGUUUAUUUGGGGGGGGUUUACUUUAGGCGAUUUAUGGUCUUUUAUCAUUUAUGGGAAGUUGGAAAAUUUGUGGGGUGCUUUUCCUAAAUAAUAGCAUACUUUUCCUUUUA